AAUUGUUGAGGAAAGGCGCAAGCGCCAGAAACCGUACUUUAUAUGUAACUUGUGCACCUUUCUAUAAAACGAGACGGUAGACACGUACAGAACACAAUCGAUACUUGAAGAGACCAUAUCCGACUUCGUACAUAAGACCCCAGAGCGCAAAACGAAACAGUAGCAUUUACAAAAUGCACGCCUUUACGCUCUCCCUUCUUGGAACGACGUUGAUCAUCGCUUCUUCGGCCGUUGUUGAGGCUUGGGGAGCCGGUGGAGGUUGGCCUUCGUUGUCUUUCCCUUCUCAAUGGAGCUCUCCCGAAGUCAGGAAUAGCGAGAAAAAGAAAAAUGGAGAACAAAUCCUGGAGACGUUGCUUUCUAGUGAUCAAGCUGAAGCAGCACUAAAGGAACAAGAAGAAUGUUUUGGAAAGAGAUGUCUGCAUAGUGAGCAGUGCUGUCCAGGAUCCGUGUGUGUUGAUGUAGAUGGUGCAGUUGGUUCUUGCCUACCAGUUUAUGGACAAACUGAAGGAAAACCUUGUACCCAGGACGCAGACUGUGGGGAAGGAUUUCGUUGUGAAGAAAAUACUAACGCCCUCGUGCGUCAUUCUUGCCAGUUAGACGCUCGUGAUGUCAGGAAGAAACAAUACAAUGACGAGUGUUUGACUAGUAGCGAGUGUGACGUAUCGAAAGGACUUUGCUGUCAACUCCAACGUCGCCACAGAAUGGCACCCCGAAAAGUCUGUUUCUAUUUCAACGACCCAAAGAACUGCAUCGGUGACGUUGACACUUCCCAUGCUCCGGAACCUGUCAUUAACUACAUACCUAAUAUGCCCAGCCCUUUCUUCAAGGCACGUUUAGGUUAAAUCGCUGCCUGACGGUCAUUUUACUGAUAAUUUAAAUUAUUUGUUCUAUUUAUUGCCAUCUUUAAUAGCUUAGAACGUGUAAUGUUAUUCUCUUCUUUAAACCUCAAGGAUUUUGUUUAAAGAAAUGCUUUAAAUUGUUAAGCUUUUCUGCCAUUCUGUCGCUUUAAUUAUAUUACUAACUUCUCUCUCAAAGAUUUUGAACUUCCUGAUAUAUAUAUAUAUAAUAUGUAAUCAAAAUAUGUUAAAUCAGGGAAAGCCAAAGUUAAAUGGUACUCAUAUCCUAGAUAGUCCAGAUACACUUAGUUGAAACUAAUGUGAAAGUUAUUGUGUUUACUGUAACAGCAAGACAACCGUAAAUAAAAGCUUCAGUUUAAAAAA